GAGCCAAGCGCCAAGAUGGCGGCGCCGUGGGGCGGCGGCGCGGGGCGCGGGGGGCUCCCGGCCGGCGCGGGCGGCGGCGGCCUGGAGGCGCUGGGCUCCGCCGCGGCGCCGCUGCAGUGCUUCUUGCUGGACGAGCCGUCCUCGCUCGAGGAGGAGAUGCACAGCUACUGGGACUCCUCCGUCCUGUCCAUCAUCGAGGACCUCGGCUCCCACCACGAGAACAAAGGCCCCUUGGAGCUGCACAACGAGCUGUCGUUGCUGACGGCCAUCACGGAGAUCCUGGAUGGCACGGACGAGGCAACCCUGUCUCCCUUUGACACUAUCGUGGACACCGAGCUGCUGGCGUCGCCCCGGGAGCAGGAGAGCUGCGCGCUCCAGCUCCUCGGCUUGUCCCAGGCCUCCCCUGAGCGGGACGGCCCUGCCCUGGAGGACCAGUGGGGCUCGUGGACUCAGAGCGGCAGCAGCACGCCCGUGGUGGCUGGGAAGGCUGAGACGGACGUGAGCUGGGACCGUGCUCUGAGCUGCCAGGAAGAUGCUGUGGUGACACCCAAGAGGCCCCCGAGCCAGGCGCGGCGGGGGCAAAGGAAGCCACUCCGGCCCUGGGCACAGGAGCAGCCGGCCCUGCAGCGCAGUGAUGGGGAGGAGGAGGACGACGAGGCACCCAGCCCCAGGCAGGACGGCAGCACCGCCGUGGGAGACCUCCAGACGGGCACCCUGAGCUGCCCCCUGGAGCCAGCAAGUGUGGAGGCCGGAGCAGAGCCCCAAGUGGCCUGGCUGGGGGAGGGGGACGUGCCCUGCAUCAUCAGCCCCGCAGGCGGCUCCCUGUGCGACCUGGUGAAGUCCAUGCACCCCUACUGCCUGCCCGCCUUCGCCACCGACCUGGAUGCUGCGCCCAAGUUGGCCAACAAGGACCUGCUCGCUGCCCCCGUCAUGCUGGGGAUCGUGUCCGGUGGCGAUGGCCAGAGCCUGGACACCCCUGUUGUGUUCCACCCGCUGGGCCCAGGCUUCCCCUGCCUCGACGCCCCGCUCCCAGCCAGGGAGGAGGGCACUGCUGGGGGUGAGGGGCAUAGUGCCCUGGAGUCCCCUGCCCCGGAGGAGCCAUUGCCUGCGGAGGAGGGGGCGCAGCAGCACCAGGUGCCCACCCCUGCUCUGGGGAGCAAAGCUACAGCACCAGAUGCGGCCACCCCAAAGGAGACCCUGCCCGAGGCAGCAGCUGACGCGGCCCCACCAGAGGCAGGCGGGAGGGACCGUCAUCUUCAAAGCGACUCCCAGCCCAGCACGAAGGCACCAGCGGGCGGGAAGUGCCAGGGCUCCGGAUGCGGCCGGGGCCGCGAGCGAGCACGGAAAAGCCGGAAAAAGAAGAGCGCGGAGGCGCCGAGCACCCAGGUCUGGCCCCUUGGAGACUCCAUGGCCUCUCGGCUCCGCUCAGCCUCCUCUGUCCCGCGGCGGGGGUCCUCUGAGGGGCAGGCGCCCCCCAGCCGGGCCACCCGCCCCUCGGCGCAGGUGUCCAACUUCCUGGCAGAGCAGCUGGAGCAGGCCAGGAAGGAUGCACAGCUGGAGCUGCGCCCAAGCCCCGCUGCCCCCCGGCCACGGGGCAGGCCCCGGGGCUCCCGGAACAGGAGAAGCUGCCCUGAGCCCCCCCGGGAGCCUGCGGUCGACAGCCCCGUGGCGCAGAGCAGAGCAGAGCAGGCCGUGCCCAGCCCAAAGGAGCAAGAGGCAGCAGCUGUGGAGCGCAGGGAGGAGAGCGAGCCUGCCCUGUGCCAGGCCAGCGCCAGCCCGGAGCCUGCCCCCAGCACCGAGCAGGAUGCCGCGGGGGAAGCUGCCCAGCACCCCACACCCGUGGAGCCUGCACAAGCCGAGAGCCAAGCGGCCACAUGUCCCUCACGGGAAGCCCGGCCCAAGGCCCUGAGCCUGACCGAGUACCGCCAGCGCAUGCAGCACCGUGCACCCGGCGCCGGCCCCGGCAAGGAGCCCGAGAAGCAGGCGGCCGGAAAGUGGCCCAGCAUCCCCGAGCCCCCCACCGAGCUGGCCGAGAUCCCCUGCCUGGUGGCGCCACCGGCGCAGCCCCUGGCCUUGCCUGUGGAGACGCCCGGCACGCAAAAGGGCCCCGAGAAACCUGCCAGCCCACCUGCCAGUUCUCCGCCGGCCAGCAAGGCCCCUCCGGCCCCAGCACUGACCACCGUGGCCCCAGUGCCCCCCGCGCCGCAGCUGCCUUUCGUGGCGCCACCAGUGACCGGGGCUGCUCCAACUGGGGUCGUGUCAGCCCUGGCGACUCCUUACGCCCUCUACCCACCGGUGCCUUCCUGGCCUUGCUUUGGCCCCCCGCCCUCUGGUUUCCCCCCGACGCUGCUGCCACCACCGGCCACCACCUCACCCAAUGCCUUCCACCUGGUGCCUGGGCUGCCACCCCCGGGCCUGGCCUGGCCGCCGCCAGCCGUGCCCCCGCCCCCACCCUUUGGCCCUGGCGCUCCAUACACCCCCGUGGGCUGGGGCCCGGCCCUGCCGCCCCCAUACUGGCCCGGCGUGGCCCUGCCCCCGUUGGGGCCUCCACUGGUGUUCGCUGACCCCGGGAGUGCCCCACAGAGCCCAUCACUGAGUUGUCCAGAGCCGGCGGCCUUUGCUGCGCUGCCCGCGCCGCCGUUCGUUGCUGCUGCCCCUGAGGUGCCGGCAGCCGCCCAGGCUUCUGCUGCAGCUCCGCACGCAGCCGCCGAUCAGCCCCCAGCCAAGGCGAGCAGGGCAUCUGACCCCAGGCGGCAGGCACGGCCCGCGGGGAGGCCCUCAGCUGCCCCCGCUGCUGCUACUGCACAGGCUGCAAAGGAGCUGCCGGCUGCAGCUGCCCAAGCCAAGGUGCCGUCGGCUGCUGCCGUGAAGGACCCACUGGUUGCUCCCACCGAGGCCGUGAAAGAGGUUCCGGCUGUUGCCGUGAAAGAGCUGCCAGCUGCUACCGUGGAAGACCCGCCGGCUGCUGCAACUGGGCCCGUGGAAGAGCCCCCUCCAACCAGGGAGCUGCCUCCCGCCUGUCCCUCGGCAAAGCCAGCCAGGAGCCCGCCAGGAGCCGUGCCAGCACAAGCCCAGCCAGCGCCUCACUCACCUGCUGACCGUGAGACCGUCUGCGGGAGAGCGCCGGGGGCGCGAGAGGGUGCCAAGCCGCCUGCUGCCCGGCCCUGGAGACACCGGCCCCUGGCCCGCCCCGCCCAGCCCAGCGGCUGCGAGGAUAUUGUCCAGGCCUUCAUCAGCGAGAUCGGCAUUGAAGCCUCCGACCUGUCCAGCCUGCUGGAGCAGUUUGAGAAGACGGAAGCCAAAAAGGAGUCAUCGGGCGUGGAGGCGCCCAAAGACAAGCCGUCUGCCAGCAGCGUGGGCAGAGCAGAGCCGCAGCAGGACAAGAAGCCCCUGGACAGCCUGCAGGCUCCCGAGCUCGCCAACGUGGCAGGCCUGACCCCGCCGGCAACACCCCCCCACCAGCUGUGGAAGCCCCUGGCCGCCGUGUCACUGCUGGCCAAGCCGCGGUCCUUGAGCACUACCGCCCUGGAGGGUGCCCAGAAGACAACCAAGCUCAUCGAGGCCCAGCCACUGCCCCAUGGCAAGCCCCGAGGGAAGCCCCCGCCUGCCAUGCCCCCUGCCUCCAGCCACGUGGGUGCUGGAGACCAUGACUACUGCUUCCUGGGCAGCACCGGCACGCCCGAGCUGGGAUCGCGCUGGAACGUGAAGCAUCACGCGGACAUCACCAUCAAGCCCAUCAUCUCCCUUGCCCCGCGGACGCAGGACCGGCCUGGCCCCUCACUACCUGCUGCCAGUGCUGCCCUGGGUGCCCCUGGGGCCGGCCGCAAGCCACUGGAUCACCGGACUAGCACCCCGGGCAGGGGCAGCCCCCCCGCCUCGGUGCUGCUGUCUCCGGACGCGUCCCCCUGCCGGGACAAGGAGACACGGACUCCCAGCGCUCGGCCCCCGCGCUCGGGUGCCAAGAGGGCCCUACGCUGCUACCGUGUGCGCCGGGACUCGGGCAGCCCCCCAGACGGCACCUGGCGGCGCCAAGCCAGCCGCUCCUUCAGCGCCAGCUCCAACGGGGGCAGCGAGGCGUCCUCUUCCUCCUCCUCCUCCUCCUCCUCCUCCUCCUCUUCCUCCUCGCGGUCCCGCUCCCGGUCCUCAUCCCCCCCACCCAAGCGGUGGCGCAGGUACCGGCCGCGGCGCUCCUCCCGCUCCCGCUCCUCCUCGCCCUCCAGCGCCGGGUCCUGCGGCAGCUCCCGCAGCAGCUCGUCCAUAUCCUACUCGUCCCGGUCCCGCUCCCGCUCCCGGUCCACAUCCCGCAGCCGGUCCCGGUCCCGCUCCCUGUCGCCCUGCAGGAGGCACAGCCGGAGGAGGCGGUACAGCUACGACUCUCAGGACCACUACCAAAGGCAGAGACUCCUGCAGAAGGAACGUGCAAUAGAGGAGAGGCGGGUUGUCUUCAUUGGGAAGAUCCCCGGCAGGAUGACGUGCUCGGAGCUGCGGCACCGCUUCUCCGUGUUCGGGGACAUCGAGGAGUGCACCCUCCACUUCCGCUCCGAGGGCGACAACUACGGCUUCGUGACGUACCGCUACGCCGAGGAGGCCUUUGCUGCCAUCGAGCGCGGCCACACGCUACGGCGCCCGGAUGAGCAGCCCUUCGACCUCUGCUUUGGCGGGCGACGCCAGUUCUGCCGCCGCAACUAUGCCGACCUGGACUCGAACCGGGAGGACUUCGACCCGGCUCCCACCCGCAGCAAGUUCGACUCUCUCGACUUCGACACCCUGCUGAAGCAGGCGCAGCGCAGCCUGCGCACGUAGCCCCGGCUCCCGGCCCCACCCCGCGGCCCCUGGUUUUCUAAAGAAAUGCAAAAAAAAAAAAACAGGGAAAAAAGCCCCAUCAGGCCGA